AUGGGAUCAAGUAAUCUUCCAAGGUUCAGGUCUGAUCUCAACUUUACAAAUUCUGAAGAUCGUCUUUUCCUCCGGGAAUCAUUUGAAACUGUAGUCAGUUCCUUGUCACCUACUGCAGGUGACAUCUGUAUAGAAGAGAGAGACAGUGAGCUUCAGGAAGAUGCAUGGAAUGAGAACAAUUUGGAGAAUUAUAAUGAGGAAAACAUAGAACAAUUGCAGUAUAAUAUCCAAGAAAUAGAAUACGAAAACCUUUAUAUAUCUGAUGAGGUAAGGAAUCAAAUCAAUGAAAAGAGUAAAAAGGCUUCAGAAGCCCUAGCUAAAGUUGAACUUCAGAAAGCAAUUGAUCUGUUCUCUGAAGUUAUUGAGUGUAACCCAAAUAUUUCCAGUUCUUACAUCAACCGUGCCAAUGUCUAUUUGCAACUGCAAAAACCAAAUGCUGCUAUUAAAGACUGCAACAUGGCCAUUGAACUGAAUCCCAAAUCAUCAGAAUCAUUAAAAUUGAGAGGAAAAGCAUUCAAGGAAUUAGGCUGUUUAAAAAAAGCAGCCUGUGAUUUUGCUUUAGCUUCUAAGUUAGAAUAUGACAAAGAGGCCAAUGUAGCACUAAAGCAAUUAAAAUCAGGAUUUCAAAGAAUUUCUGAAAGGCAAGCAAAGUGCAUCCUUACAUAUAAGGAAUCUCAGAUACUGGAGAAGAUUAAGAAAGCACAGUUAAUUUUAGAGAAUCAAAAACAAGACCAGACAGAAGAAGGUAUUAGCAUAGAACUGGAAAAUAAAGUAGUAAGGAAUAAAGAAGAGAAAAUGAAGCUAGACCAUAAUAAAGACUCCCAAGAAAUAAUAGACGAAAAUGUGGAGACAGAUGAGAAAUGGAAGCAGACCAAUGAAAACAAGAAAGCAGCUUUGGAUGCAAUGGAGAAAGGUGAAUAUCAAAAAGCAGCUGAAUUAUUCACCAAAGCCAUCAAACUAAACCCCCAUUUUACUAACUUGUAUGUUUGCCGAGCCAGUGCUUUUCUGAAACUUCAUAUGCCAAUUGCUGCUGUAAAGGAUUGUAAUAGUGCCAUAAAAUUAAAUCCUAACAUGGCCUUACCAUACAAGUACCGUGGAGAGGCAUUUUGCAUGUUGGGUUAUUGGCAGGAGGCUACUAAAGAUUUUUCUGUGUCCUGUCAACUAGAUUAUGAUGAAGGUACUUAUGCCAAGAUGAAAGAAAUACAAACAAAAGAUGAGAAAAUUAUGAAAUGCUGGGAAAAGCCAGAGGAAAGUAACCAGGGAGAAUUUAAAGAGAAGAUGAGCAAAAUGAAAGAAGCUUCUGGGAAAAUACAAGGAAAUAGUCCCCAAGAGAAAUCAGUUAUUCCUGAGUCUUGCAGACAAGAACUGGACCCAAGAACAUUUCACAUUUCUGAGGAAAAGACAAUUCUGCAUAAUUCCCAAAACUAUAAAUUAUUCCCUCUUUAUUGUUCAGAAAAUCAAAAUGAAAAUUAUCCCAUGUCUGCAGUACAAGAACAAGAUCAGUUUAUGGAUUAUGAAAAACAAGAGCACAUUGAAUUGCAUGAAAGAAGAGCUCAGAAAAGACAUAAGAGGAAGCAAAAAUAUGAAACUGAAUCAGAAAGUGAAGACAGUGAAUUGGAAAUUGAUACAGAAGAGGUUAUUGAGUCAGAUGAAGAUCUUCCUCAGGAGAUGGGAAAUGAAAACUUGAAAGUAACUGAUGAAAUGCGAAAACUAGCUAAUGAAAAGAAGAGGGAAGCUUUUGAUGCAGUCAAUAAAGGAGAACUUUUUAAAGCUUUAGAUUUGUUCACAGAAGCUAUUAAGCUCAAUCCACAUCUUACUAUCUUAUAUGCAAACCGAGCCAGGGUCUAUUUGAAGCUACAAAAGCCAACUGCUGCAAUUAGGGACUGUGAUAAAGCCAUACAAAUAAAUCCUGACUCAGCCCAGCCUUACAAGUGGCGAGGAAAAGCACUGCAAAUACUUGGUUACUGGCAAAAGGCAGCUAAAGACCUUGCUUUGGCUUGUCAAUUAGAUUACGAUGAAGAAUCCUAUGCUUUGCUAAAAGAGGUACAACCAAAGGCCCAGAAAAUCGCCAGGCUCAGGAGAAAGCAGGAAGAGAAAGUUGACGAAAAGAAGAAUAACCCUCUUUUGAGUGAACUUCAAGAAACCUAUAAGAAGCAAGAAAGAUCUCAAAUGACAUCUGCAGAACUAGGAAGAAAUGACAAUGACAUUGUGGAGGAAUGGAGAGAAAAUUGGGGGGGAAACAUCAAAGAACAACAAAGAGUAAGGCAAAUAGUUCUGACAAAACAGAAGAGUAUGGCCCAAGACAACAGAGGGAGAUGCUUUCAGGAAAGCAUAAUGAAACAAGAUAACUAUUUUGAGAAAGAGGAAGAAGAAAUAGAAGAAGAGGAAGAAGAGGAACAACAACAAGAAGAAAAAUUCCAAGAUAAUUUACUGAAAGAACAAGUGAACCUUAAACAGAAAGAAAUGAAACAUCAAGUCCAUCAAAAUGAGUUGGAGGAACAACUAAAAGCUCUUCAACAUGAAUUGGAUGAAAAGCUCAGAAGUUAUCAAGAAGAAAUUGAUGAAGAAGAAAGUACUUUGCAGAGUUUAUUGGAUGAGCAGGAAAAAUCACAGCAAAAGGCACUCUGUGAACAAGAACAAGCUUUUAAAAUAAUCCUGGAAGAACAAGAAAAAAUACAGAAGGCAACCUUGAGGGAGCUGGCCAGAGCUCAACAACAGGCUUUAGAUGAGCUUGAAAAAGCCACAAAGAAAGCCCUGGAAGAACAAGAGAGAGUUCAGCAGCAAGCUCUUGAAGAACAGGAAAGAGCACAGGAGGCCCUGGAUGUUCUGGAAAGAGCACAUAAAAAGGCUCUGGAGGAACAAAAAAAAGUCCUUAUAGCUGCAAUGGAAGAACAGGAAUACGCUCAGAGAAAGUCACAGGAACAAAAAAGGAUGGCUGAGGCAGCUUUAGAAAAACUUGCAGAAGCUCAAAGAAAGGUUCAAAAACAGCAGGAAAGAGCUGAGAGGCAAGCAAAAGAAGAAAGUGAGAAAGCACAAAGAGCUUUAGAAGAAUUAGAGAUUGCUCAGAAAAAGGCUUUGGAAGAUCAAGAAAAAGCUCAGAAAACUCUGGAAGCUGUAGAAAGAGCCCACAAACAGGUUUUAGAGGAACAAAGAUUGAUUCAAAUGGCUGCUGUGGAAGAACAACAGCAAGCAAAAGAAAAUUACCUAGAAGAAAAAAAGAUGGCUGAAGUCACCUUGAAACAACUUUUAAAGAUGCAAAAAGAAUUUCAGGAAGGACAGGAAAGUUCAGAAAAGAAAGCAGUAAAAGAGAGAGAGAGAAGUCAGAAAGCCAUAGAAGAAUUGGAUAUUGCUAAAAAAGUAGCCUUAGAAGAACAAGCAAGAGCUCAAAAAGCUCUAGAAGCUUUAGAAAAAUCUCAUAUGUGGGCAUUAGGCCAACAGAAGAAAGGACAGGAAAAUAUUCUAAAAGAAAAAAGGAAGAUGGCUGAGGUAGCCCUGGAAGAACUUUUCAGGACUCAAAAAAAGAUCCAAGAAGAGCGAGAAGAUGCUGGAAAAAAAACCAUGAAAGAAAGAGAGAGCAUACAAAAGGCCCUCAAUGAAUUGGAAAUUGCUAAAAAGAAAUCACUGGAAGAACAGGAAAAAGCUCAGAAAGCUUUGGAAGAUGUAGAAAGAGCUCAUAAAAAAGCACUGGAGGAACAGAAGAAAGCUCAGAUGGCUGCCAUAGAAGAACAAGAAAAACUGAGGAAAAGGUCUGAAGAAGAAAAGAAGAUGGCUGAAGCUGCCCUAGAAGAAGUUUUCAAAAGUCAAAGGAAGCUUCAAGAAGAACAGCAAAAAGCUGAAAAAACAGCAAUGGAAGAGAGAGAGAAAGCUCAGAAGAACUUAGAAGAAUUACAAACUAUUAAAAAAAAAGCCCUUGAGGAACAGAAACAAGCUCAGGAGUCUCUGAAAGAAGUAGAAAUAGCUCAUCAACAGGCUAUGGAGGAGCAGAAGAAGGCUCAUCUGGCAGCCAUGGAAGAACAGGAGCAAGGAUGGAAAAAAAUGCAAGAAGAAAAGGAAAGGAUGGAGGCAGCUCUGGAAGAGCUUUUAAGGACACAGCAGCAGUUCCAAAAAGAGCAGGAAAUGGCUGAAGAGAAAGCAAUACAAGAAAAAAAAAUAGCUCAAAAGACCCUCAGAGAGUUAGAGAUUGCUCAAAAACAAGCUCUUGAAGAACAAAUAAGAGUUCAGAGAGCUUUGGAAAAUGUAGAAAAAGCUCAUCAACAGUCACUAGAAGAUCAGAAGAAAGCUCAGAUGGCCAUUGAAGAAUAUGAUCAGGCACGGAAAAAUGCUGAAGAAGAAAAGAAGAGAGCUGAGGCAGCUUUAGAAAAACUUGCACAAGCUGAGAUAAAAAUGCAAGAGGAACAAAAAGAGGCUGAGAAGAAUGCAAUGGAAGAAAGAGAUAAACAGGAAAAGGCUGAGAAAAAAGCCCUAAAAGAAAAAGAGAGAGCAGAAAAGGCUCUCAAAGAGUUAGAAAUUGCUCAGAAGAAGGUCUUAGAGGAACAGAAGAAAACUCAGAUCGAACAGAAGAAAGCCAUCGAGGAACAGACAAAAGCUCAAAAAGCUCUGGAAGCUCUUGAAAAAGCUAAGAAAAAAAGCCUGGAAGAUCAGAUGAAAGCUAAAAUGGUUGCCCUCGAUGAACAGGACCAAGCACAGAAGAAAUCUCAAGAAGAUAAAAUGAUGGCCGAAGCUGCUUUGGAAAAUGUUUUAAGAGCUCAAAAAAAACUUCAAGAAGAGCAGGAAAAUGCUGGGAAAAAAAUUAUGGAAGAAAAAGAGAAUAUACAGAAGGGUCUCAAAGAAUUAGCAAUUGCUCAAAAGAAAGCACUCGAGGAACAGGAAAGAGCUCAGAGUGCUCUAGCAGCUAUAGAAAGAUGUCAUAAAAUGGCCCUGGAAGAUCAAAGAAGAGCUCAGAUAGCAAUAAUAGAAGAACAAGAACAAAUACGGAAAAAAAUUCAGGAAGAAAGGAAGAUAGCUGAAGUGACCUUGGAUGAACUUUUAAAAACUCAGAUGAGGUUCCAAGAAGAGAAGAAAGUGGCUGAGAAAAAAAUAAUGGAAGAAAGAGAAAUAACUCAAAUUGCCCUAGCAGAGAUAAAAAUAGCUCAGAAAAUAGCUCAGGAGGAACAGGAAAGGGCUCAGAAAGUAUGGGAGGCUGCAGAAAGAGCCCAUAAAUGUGCUCUGAAUGAACAGAAUAAAGCUCAGUUAGCUAUUCAAGAACAAGAGCAAGCAUGGAAAAAAUCACAAGAAGAAAAGGAAAUGGCUGAGGAAAGACUACAAGAACUCCUAAGGACCCAGAAAACUUUCCAAGAGGAAAAGGAGAAAGCAGAAAAGACAGCCAUAGAAGAAAGAGAGAGACUUCAAAGAAAUAUUCAGAAAUUAGAGGAAGUCCAGAAGAGAGCUCAGGAGGAACAGGAGAAGGCCCAGAGUUCUCAGCAGGCUCUAGAAAUUGCCCAUAAACAGGUACUAGAGGAACAGAAGAAGGCUCAUUUGGCUUUCAUGCUGGAACAGGAACAAGCACAGAAAAAAUCUCAGGAAGAAAAAAAAAUGGCUGAAGCAGCCCUAGAAAAUCUCUUGAAACAAGUACAAAAGGAACAAGAAAGAGCUGAAAGAAAGGCAACAGAAGAAAAAGAAAAAGCUGAGACAUUGCUAAAAGAAUUAGACAUUGCUCAGAAGAAGGCCUUAGAAAAUAUAUUGACAGCUAAAAAGGAGAGUCUGGAAGAACAGAAAAGAGCUCAAAAUGCAUUGGAUAAUCUGGAAAGAACUCAUAAGCAGACAUUAGAGGAACAAAAAAUUGCUCAAAGGAAAUCUCAGGAAGAAAGAAAGAUGGCCGAGGCUGCUUUGGAAGAAUUAUCAAGAGCUCAGAAAAAGAUCCAGGAAGAGCAGCAUUCAGCAGAACAGAAAGCAAUUAAAGAGAGAGAGAGAGCACAGAAAGAGUUAGAAGAAUUAGAGAAUACUCGGAAGAAGGCCCUGAAAGAACAGGAGAAAGCUCAAAGAACUCUGGAUGUUCUUGAAAGAGCUCAUAAGCAGGCACUGGAAGAACAGAAAAAAAAAGAAGAAAAAGUACAAAAAAAAUCUCAAGAAGAAAAGCAUUUGGCUGAAGCUGCCCUGGAAGAACUUAUAAGAACUCAGAGAAAAUUUCAAGAAGAACAAGAGGGGGCUGAAAGAAAAGCCAAGGAAGAAAGAGCAAAUGUGCAGAAGUCUCUAGAAGAAUUACAGGUUGCUCAAAAGAAAGCUCUAGAGGACUUGGCAAUAGCUCAAAAGUUGGCCAUGGAGGAAAAUGAAAGAACACAGCAGAGGGCAUUAGAAGAAAAAAGGACAAUACAUCUGCUUAUGAAAAAGCUGGAGAUAGCACAUGCUAAAGCUAUAGAGGAACAACAGAUAGCACAGAGGUUGGCCUUUGAAGAACAGCAGAGAACUAAGAAAAUGUUUAUUGAACUAGAAGAAUCACGAAGAAAAGCCCUGGAAGAUCAAGAAGAAGCAAAAAGGAAAGCUAUAUAUGAACAAGUAAGAGCUCAUCAUGCUAUAAAUGAAUUGGCCAAGAUUCAAAGGGAAGUUUUGGAAGAACAAGAGCGAGCUCAGAAAAUAGCUUUAGCAGAACAGCACAAGGCUGAGAUGAUGCUUAAGGAGCUGGAAGAAAGACAGAGAAAAGACCUGAAUGAUCAGCAGAGAACAUGGAUGAAAGACUUUGAUGAUCAAAACAAAGCUCAUUUUCCUUUAGGGGAAUUUGCAAAGACUCAAAUUGUGGAACAGAAGAAUGUUCUUGAUAUCACAGCAGAUGAGCAGAAGGAAGGUCAUAAAGCUAGUGAACUGGACAAAGUACAGAAUCAAAUAUUGGAAAUAACACAUAAUAAAUAUGCAGGACAAUUUCCAGAGUCUGUUCUAAAAACAAUGAAUGAAGAGGGUGCUGCAGUAUGUGGCAGUGAAUUUGAGGAAGCACAAAAGAAAGACUUGGUCAUAGUUGAUGGUAAAAAGUUCUAUAUGGAGCCAGGAAAAGUUCUUAGGGAUUUAGACAAGAAGGAAUACCAGCAAUCCCUUAGGAACAGAGGAAAUGACAAGAAUUCUCGAAGACCACUCUCCAACUCUAUCUUGGACUUUUCCCCAAACUGA